GGUGGAUCCGCGAUUCAUAUAUAAACCUGCGCAGAUUUUUUAUCCGCAUUCAAUCUACUUCGACGUAGCUAGCUAAACUAUACAAAAUGAAAUUCGCAGUUGUCGUGUUAGCGUGUAUGGUGGCUGCCAGCAAUGCGCAGUUCAAUCGGUUUGGUAGUCCAUUCAGGCCGAGCCCAGCCCGUUUCAACCCCGUGGCGGCGCCUGCGCCUCUCCGACCUGAGCCUGUGCGCUCCGUCGCUAGGGUAUCUGAUGAACGAUCUGCUUCCAUCCUAAGAUCCGAGAGCGAGAUCAACCCUGAUGGCUCCUACAGCUACGCGUUCGAAACUGACAACGGUAUUGCUGCCCAGGAACAAGGCACACCCCGUAACUUUGGUGGCAAUCCCCCAGUCAUUCCUGAUGUAGCUCAAGGUUCAUUCUCAUGGACUUCUCCUGAAGGUCAAGUUGUUUCCAUCGCUUAUGUUGCUGAUGAGAAUGGAUACCAACCACAGGGUGAUGCUAUCCCCACCCCUCCUCCAGUUCCCGCACAGAUCGCCAGAGCCUUGGACUACAUCGCCAGGAAUGCGCCCAGGAAGUAAAUAAAUUAAUGAAUCUCAUCUCACCGCCUUUACUGUUGAUAUAGAUGUAUUUAGAUCGCAAGUUUUAAUAUAAUGUUAUAAAUACUCAAUAUUACUUUACAAUGUUUAAUGUGCAAAUGUAAAUAAAUAUUUUUAUUAUA